AAAUGGCUGCAGGUGAGCAACCUGCCCAAAGAGGUGUACCAGCACUUGGCCUGCUACGUCCCCAAGAUCUACUGCCUGGGCCCCAACCUGAACCCUCAGAAUGAGGACCUUCUGGCUCCGCUGCUGCUUCAGAGCCCGCUGGAGUGGUACCUGUGCGGGGAAGAGCCGUCCGUGGGAUUGGCCAAGCUGGAACAGAACAACCAGCCCUCACAACUCUGUGGCCAUGUGUUUAAAGAUCCGUUGGCUAAUCUGUCUGAUGAGAUGAUUGCUCGCACAUAUAAUGUUUUCUCCAUCAUCCUCAAAUAUGCUGUGGACAUGCUCACCUGGGAAAAAGAGGACGAGCUACCUGAAGGCCUUGAGCCACCGGAGCGUGGAGACACGUACUACUGCAUGCUGUUCAAUGAUGAGGUCCACACGUACGAGCAGGUCAUCUAUACACUACAGAAAGCCGUGAACUGCACUCAGAAAGAGGCCGUCAGUUUCGCCACCACUGUGGACAGAGAUGUAAGUUCACCUGCUGUUAGUUCUACAGUUAUUUCAGCCUCAGACGUCACGCCCACGGACCGCUGGCUGAACGUCUGA